CCUCUCCUCUUGUUCGCUUCCUCUCCUCACAUGGACGAAUAGCCUCUCCGCGCCCGGGAAUUCUAGGAUUUUUCACCCCCCGAUCUCGUCUCUUCUCAGGAAGCUGAAGCGGGUUGGGAGCUCUUGUUUCGUCGAGAGGAGUCUUGCAUUGGUUUCUGUUUCUUGUUGAAGUUUGGAGAUGGAGUUUUGGUUAUUCUUUAAGAGUUUUUUUGGAUAACCGUGAUCAAGAUUUGUAUCAUCUUUUACUCCAACGAAAUUGAAGCAUCCGAUCGCUGAUCGCGGUCUUUAUUCUAAUGCAGAGCAUUCUCUGGGCUGACAUUUUCUUUAAAAAUAAAUUUCACGAAGGCUUUUAGCUUUUUGUUCACGCUUUGUCAAGCAUGGAAUAAGGAUUACAAGGAUAAUUGUCAGUGGGUCUUGCCAGAAUAAAGUUGAUAUUUUUAUGGGAAAAUUGGUAUGGCUAUGGCGGUGAUCUUGCCGAUGGUAGGACAUUAAUGACAAGACGGUGUUGAGGCAAAAACUCUUUGCGGAAAAAGCUUGACUUCUUCUGUAAUGUUUUCUGGAAGAAGGAUGGUAUAUGUGUGUCUACAUGAAUUAAAAUACACACUGAUUUAUAUAUUCAAGGGAAAACUUCAUGGAUGGGAUUGCAUGAUGUUUUCAUUGAAGUGAAACAACUGAGGCCAAUACAGGGAUUGGUUAUGUGUUACCUUUCAUCACUAACGCUGCUUAGUUUUUUAGUUGUUUGAAAUUUAGGUGUAAUCGAUGUUUUGACCCAGAUAUAAUCGGAGGCACUGACAGAAAUCAACUGUUACUGGUCAUCGUUGAAUGCUGUAGAUAUGGAUUGUGUUUGAGUAGCAGUCAGAUUGGGACUAUAAUCUUUUGUGUCAGGGUUCUAUGAGAUCUCUUCGUAAUUCUUUUUACUUGCAAAAGCUGCCUGUAACUUUUUUGGUUCAAGAUCAUUUUUUGAUAAAAAUCAGAUGGUAUAUAUAUCUCAUGCAUGUUGGUUUCAUUAUCUUCCAAAAUGCUUUCAACCAACACUAUUUCAUGUCGGUUUUGUAACUCUGCACUACUUCAUAGUUAUUCCAUUGUGAAGAUCAACAAGCCUAUUUGAGCCUUCUUGAGUAAAUCCCUACCCAGUGGGUAGACUUGUUGUGGUGGAAGCCGAUAGCUGUGUUGCUGUUUGAACCAUCAAUUCUAGUAUUUAAAAUAGAAAGAAUCAUUUCACAUCUUGAACAAGUGAUUGUGAAAAGAAGCUGGAGGGUUGAAUUGCAUGUAGUGAUGAUCAUGAGAUUUUUAUAUUCAUGACUUUAUAUCACUCCUAUUGUGGGAAAUAACAAAUAGCUUCCGAGAUAUCUUAUUUUCUUUGCUAUAUAGCCAAUACUGCAGGACCCUCAUCUCAUACAUUCAUGGAAGUUCUCAAAGCAGUUCUUAAGCAAGCUUCAGCAACUAAUGAACGUGUUGCUAUAAGAGCUGAACAGAAGAGUUAUAGCUAUCUACAACUCGGUGCAUCUGCGUUGAAUGUUUCCAACUUAUUGCGCAACAAAGAUGUUAAAGGCACUGAUGGAAUGAGAUACCUUGACGGAGCUCAGGUAGGAAUUGUGGCUAAACCUUCUGCUGAAUUUGUUGCUGGGAUCCUAGGAACUUGGCUUUGUGGAGGUGUUGCAGUUCCACUUGCACUCAGCUACCCAGAAGCAGAGCUUCUACAUGUGAUGAAUGAUUCGGACAUUUCCAUGAUUUUGAGCACUCAAGAGCAUCAACAACUUUUGGAGAAUGUGGCUUCUAAAUGUUCUGCUCAUUUAUCUCUUAUUCCUGCUGUCACCAGCAUGGAGCAGUCAGGUAGUACAGCAGACAAUUUGGUUGCCAAGUUGAUUGGGGAAAUUGAGGAUUCAAGAGUAGCUGAAGGUGAUGACCCUGCUCUGAUUCUUUAUACGAGUGGUACAACUGGUAAACCAAAAGGUGUUGUGCACACACACAAAAGCAUAAUUUCUCAGGUCCAAAUUCUGACAGAGGCAUGGGAAUAUACAUGUUCGGAUCAGCUUCUUCAUUGUCUACCUUUACACCAUGUGCAUGGUCUCUUUAAUGCUUUACUUGCACCUCUUUAUGCCGGAGCUGUGGUUGAGUUUAUGCCAAAGUUCAGUGUUCGUGGUGUGUGGCAGAGGUGGCGUGAAUCAUACCCAAAAGAUGGAAGCAUUGUAGAUGGUGCUAUUACUUUGUUUACCGGAGUUCCAACGAUGUACGCUCGACUGCUACAAGGCUAUGAAACCAUGGACUCAGAUCUACAAGUAGCUUCUGCUUCAGCUGCAAGUAAAUUGCGACUCAUGAUGUGUGGGUCUUCAGCACUUCCAUAUCCAGUCCUGAAACAGUGGGAAGAAAUAACAGGCCAUCGUCUUUUGGAGCGCUAUGGCAUGACUGAGUUUGUCAUGGCAUUAUCCAAUCCUUUGCAUGGUACUCGAAAGGGAGCCACAGUUGGCAAUCCUCUUCCUCGAGUAGAGGUCAAGAUUAUUCCGGAAGACGGGAGUGGAGCUGGAACAACUGAAGUGGGCGAGCUUUGUGUUAGAAGUCCUUCACUGUUUAAGGAAUACUGGAAGCAGCCUAAGAUAACAAAGGAAUCAUUUAUUGAUGGUGGAUUUUUCAAGACUGGUGAUACAGUUACAGUGGAUGAGGACGGAUACUAUAUAAUCUUGGGACGUACAAAUGCUGAUAUCAUGAAAGUUGGUGGUUAUAAGCUCUCAGCUCUAGAGAUUGAAUCAGUGCUUUUAGAGCAUGAGGUUGUCUCAGAGUGCUGCGUUCUGGGCUUACCUGACAAGGACUAUGGUGAAGUUGUAUGUGCUAUAAUUGUGCCUCAGGCGGAUGCAAAGAGAAGAUCAGAGCAAGAACUGAAACCAGCUAUUAGCUUGGAGGAACUGCAGAGUUGGUCCAAGGAGAAACUAGCUCCAUACAAGAUUCCAUCAAAAUUGUUUUUAUGGGAUUCCCUUCCUCGAAAUGCCAUGGGAAAGGUGAACAAAAAGGAGCUGAAAAAAUUACUAGGACAGUGAUGAUCUUUCUAGUGUCAGAGUCUGGAGGCCACAACUUUGGUCAGAUAUGCUUGUAAAAAAAAUGUAGCUAUAAAUAUGGUUAAAUAAUUAAUUGCCCAUCCAUUUGCUUUAGGUUGAUAGGACAAUUAUUAUUUUCUGAAGAGGAAAUUUGAAAGUGUUUCAAUUAUUGCUAAAAUAACUACAGAAGGCAUUUAGCUGUUCAA